AUGGAUGCGGCUCCGAAUUGUGCAAUCUGUAAUGCGCCCGCGUAUCCAGAAUGUCCCUGCGAGUCGGAGCGCCUGCAGAUCGCGGUCAAGCAGGCUGAAAACCGCGCCAUGGAAGAGAAGCUGACCGAGAUACGAGACUGGGUGAUAUCGCACGCGCGCCAGCACAUUCUGAACCAGUUCAAACGACUCGCGUCGACGCGCGAAGCCCAGCACUCGGCCUACCUCGCGACCCUGCCCAACUAUAGCGUUUACAUGCAGUAUUCAGGUCACCCGCCAAUACAUCCCAUAUACAUCGAGACCCUCCAGCGCCAGAUCGCCGAGGCGCACGCUGAUUUAAAGCGGGGCAUCGAUGCCGACUGGCGCGCCUCUGUGCUCCGUUACCCAGACGUGCUCGAUUACUUCUACGGUCUGGUUCAGUUGAAACUACCGGACGAACGCUCAUCGCGGGUCGUGGAACCUCCGUUUGCCGCCGCGGGAUAUGCGGAUAGAGGGUUUGUGAGCCACAUAGCGAAGGAGAAGAAAAAGAAGAGAAGAGACAGCUCUUUGGCACCACCAGAAAGAGGAAUGCAUAGGGACGAACCCCCGAUGCAUGCAGUCCUGGGUCGAGUGAGAGGCCCACCGGCUGCGCCCACGCCUCCCAUCGGCGGCGGAUAUCCUCGACCACCACCCGUGUAUCCUGGGUACUGA